CCAUGCCAAUACCACACAGCAAAAUCAAUUUCAUCAUCUCAUCCCAUUCAAUAACCUAAUUCCCUUUCGAGUUAAAGCAAUGGCACGUACCAAGCAAACCGCUCGCAAGUCCACCGGAGGCAAGGCUCCAAGGAAGCAAUUGGCCACGAAAGCCGCCAGAAAGUCCGCUCCGGCCACCGGCGGAGUCAAGAAGCCCCACCGUUUCAGGCCAGGAACGGUGGCCCUGAGGGAAAUCAGAAAGUACCAGAAGAGCACCGAGUUGUUGAUCCGAAAGCUUCCGUUUCAGCGAUUGGUUCGUGAAAUCGCUCAGGAUUUCAAAACCGAUCUCCGCUUCCAGAGCAGCGCCGUCUCCGCUCUGCAGGAAGCCGCCGAAGCCUAUCUCGUAGGACUCUUUGAGGACACCAACCUCUGCGCAAUUCACGCCAAGAGAGUCACUAUCAUGCCUAAAGACAUUCAACUCGCUCGCAGAAUCAGAGGCGAGAGGGCUUAGAAUGAAUGCCUUAUAUAGUAUUUAAUUAGGUUAACUAUUGUAUCGUGUAUUUUCCUAAACGCACUUUCAUUGUAAGAUUCACCUUAUUCCUAGUAUAUGUUCAUGUGAAUCUGUGCUCAUGUCAAAGAUUAAUGAAUGAUUUACAAAUGUGUUUCAAAA